AUGCUGGCUAACAUCCUUGACCAGGUCAUCAAGACCUACGGCAAGGAAUUUCUGGGGGACUGGGACCCAAUCAACAACUUCAGGAUCGACUCGCUGACCGAUCCCGAAAUCCAUCUCACCAACAUUCCCUUUCCCCAGCAGUUGUUUGAACUUGCCGAAAUCCCCUUUGCAGUGGACUACUCCAACAUAGCCAAGGUCCGGGCGAAGUUUUCUUGGCAGACAUUCUUCGGAACGCCAGGCGCUUACCCAUUUGCAAUUGAGGCAGAAGACCUCGAAAUUCGGAUUCGCCUGCUGUAUCCGAGUGAAUGGAACAGCGAGUUCUGGCGCGACAAGAUCUUGAAGUCGAAGCUGAAACGGACGGUUCUGUGGGAGCGGUUUGCCUCGCUGCUGGGAUCGGCUCAAGGAGACAGGUCGUCAGUUGCGCAGACCAUAGAGCCAAGGAUCGUUAACUCCUUGGCCAUUCGAGUCCGCAACAUCCAUCUGCAUAUUGUUGAUGACAACUUGGGAGCGACGCCAUGGGCGUUCGAGUGCCAUGUUGAUGAGUUUUGUAUUGACUCCCCCAAACGGGGGGACCCCCGCAUCUCUGAAAUGGAGGCCACAGGGCUCGAACAGUGCCUUAUGAUGGGCCUUUGGAUGCGGUUCGUGGGGCUGCAUAUUUGGUACAAGGAAUUUCCGAGACCCCAACUUGAGGGCAAGGCGGGGGUUUCUGUCAACAUUGACAGAGCUCGGGAGUUACGUCGUCGCCUUCGGCGGAAUCCCAAGGAUGAGGAGGCGCAGCAGCUUCUCUCAAAGUUACUGCGAAAGGACACGGAUUCGCCAAAGACUGUUCCUUCGUCUAGUGGGGGUAGGGCGGAAGAAGCUGAUGCAGCAGGCAUAACAGCGCAUGCUGCAGCUGCUGGGGCUGCUUUUGCUGCUGCUGCUUGUAACCCCGCUGGAAUGUCAGAGGCCCAGCACAGACUUUCCAGGUUCGGGGCGGAGUCGAAUAUUCGGGAGCGAGCGAGAGCCGGUGCUGAGGCUGGCAUGGACGAGGGAGCGCUUGCGAAUAUGCUGAGCAAAGAAAUCCAGGAUACUCUGAACAUUGAAGAUCAAAACAUCUCCCUUUCCCUCGCCUCGAGAUUUCUCAAGUGGUGGCGUGGUAAACAGCCGCUUCCCACGCCUGACGGGACGGACGAGCUGCUGUUGUCUCCACUGACCGCUGAAACCAUCCUCAACACAAGCGGAGCGUUGGGGAAGAACACUGUAUCUGAAGCUGGGGCCAUCACGCAGCCGACAUCAUCGUCAGCUGCAGCUGUCUCGGACACUCCAGCAGAAGCAACAGGUGUAGCCAUUGCAGCUAACACCGCUGCAGCUUCGGCAGAAGCUGCAGCGGAAGCAGCUGCCAAGGCGAAUGCAGUAGCAGCAGCAACUCUCCACAACAAUGAAGAAGACAGCGACUCCAGCGGCAGCACCAAGAGCAGCGCUGACACAGACGCAGACCUUCUGAACGGAGUGAGGGCCUCCAGGGCCUUCAAAGUCGUUCCUUCGCAGAUCAAGGACCUUCUAGACGAGAACACGCAUGCAAUGCGUGUGACCCCGAAGAAAGGAAUUGAGAUGCAUAUUCUGUUCAAGAAGUGGGAGCUGCGGGCAUUGGGGUCGAACCUAGCUGUGAACAAACAGAGCUGGAAAACCGUGGAGUUGUCGUUCCUGCACCAUGACCCAAGUCUCUACUCUCCCCUCCCCAGCACCGAUCGCCCGGCUGACCAACAAAGUAAUCCUGUAGAAAGACAGGAGCCGCCUCCCCCGGUGUUUGACGGCAGUAUGGAGCACAAGCCCUUGCAGCUGACGCUUACAUCUGCAGCUAUAACGUCGCUUUUCAACUUCGUGAAGCUCAUCGAUGUUUGGUAUAUCUUCCUCAAGGGCGCGGCUAGGCCCACCAGGCUGGUGGCGCGUGAGGAGGAGUGCGCGACGUACGUGGAGAUGUGGAAGAGGCGGCUCACCGCAAAGGCGGAGAUGCGAGAAGUUGUGGAUCGCUUCAUUUCAGAUUUCGAGCAUAGCAGUCCAUUGUAUUUGAUCCUUAAACUAAGACAGCUGGCAGAAGACAAUUUGACUUGGAGGGAUGGAGUCAGCGCUGCGGUGCUGCAGAAGCAAAUAUUCGGUCGCUUCACGGAGGCGUGUUGCCGCCCCCAGCGCCUGGGGAGCAUGCAGUGGGCCACAGGCGAGACCGCAGAAACCCGCAUAGACGACGGAGGAGAUUUCGAGUUUACAGACCGCGAGAGGCUGCUGUUUGAGGACAUUGCAUGCACGAUAGACGAUGCCACAGGCGAUGAUCGGGGGGGCUUCGGAGGCAAACGGUGGUUCUAUAUAGACGGUAUAACGCAGGUGAUAGCCCCAAACAUAUGCCUCCGUCUGUUGCCUCUAGUGCAGCCCGGCAUGCACAUAGCCGCGCCAACCAACUUGCAAUGUCAAGAGAAGAACUGCAAGCCAAAAGGAAGUUUCAGCAGGCUCGGGACGCUGGGACUGUUAGAAAGGCUGGAGGCGCAAAAGGGGUUGGAGGGCAGCUCACCAAACACACAGACCGAGCACUUGCCCCCCACAACUCUGAUGUUUCGUAUCUGCGCGGACUUCAAGUUUCGCCAGGAGAAGAGAAAUGAUUUUUUCAAGUGUCACGAUAUAUUUGUUGAUUCAGUUUUCGUUGAAAAGGGUUUUGCAUCACUCAAGGCGAAGGCUUGCGACGAAGCAAUUUCGUUACGCGCGCGCCACAAACCUGAACUGCAGACUCCGUUUCCUGGUUUACUCGUGUUCGCUUCUCCACUAGGGGACAUGGGGUGCACCACCUGCGUGUACUUGCCUGCGGACCCCCCGUCCCGCGUUGGGUGGGGCAUCGGCCCGGCGCGGCCGCCGUUGAGAGGCCGUGGGGGGGAGCUGAUCCAACGCACUGCCUCUCACGGAGAGGAUUUGUACGGAGAUUUGGAGGCAGCUAGGAGAGGUACAGAUUCCCCCACUGGCUCUACCCAGCGGGGACGGUCUCCAGCUCGUGGGCAGGUUUCUGGGGGGCAAACUUCUCCUAUUGGUAGCCCCACGGAAUCUGAACAAGGGAAACGGAAUGCCUCGUCAUCAAGCCAGCAAUCGGUAUCUCACAGGAUUCGGCCUUCUCGGGUUUACUCGAAUAUUCACUUACUAUUCAACAGGGCUAAGCACCUUGCAGACAUGGUCAAGCAGAAACAGACGAAGCCCACCACCAAGGGGCACACUGGUGCUCCUAGGAGGCGGGGAUCCAUUGGGGGCGAUAAGAGCCGCACGCUGUUGGUAAGCAUCAGCAGCAAGACAGUAUGGGACGAAGAGCUGGGCGGGCCACUUGAAAAGAAAAAGACUUGGAUCAAUAUCCCAGAAAUUUCAGUUUCUGCCCCGGAGCUUAUUCCAUUUGCUGAGGCUAUCCCGAUGAACUAUGUUACCUGGGACCUCUUCAGGGAAAAAGACUGUCUCCUGCCGGUAACGACUGAAGAUGCCAUGGGCCUAGCACUGGGGUACUGCACCAACAUCGACAACACUCUCAGGCUGACUGCCCAGAAGGCCACAGUAACGUAUCGCCUGUCUUCGCUUGACUACUCACGUGUGCUGUCACACUUGCGAAAAGAUGCGCUGGCUGAGGCGCAGCAGCUGCAGCAACAGGCCAACGCUGAAGCAGCAGCGCGGGCAGCGGCUCAAGCAGCGGCUGUGGCUCCUGGGCGUUUCGGAACGAACCCCUGGGAGGGCCGAGUGGCUCUGAGCGACAGCGAAACUCCCAGCAGCAGUAGUUCCUCCAGCUUCAGCAUGGUGAGGGGCCGCUGGAGCCAACGAGGUUGGGCCGAGCGAGCAGCAGCAGCAGCAGCAACUGGCAAGCCUCUUGCUUUUCUAGGAGAGAGGCCUCUUGAUGCUCGUAGAGAGUUUGAGGCCCAGAAAAGAAUGACUUCAAAGAAUUCAUCGGCGAGUCAAACACUCUCAGAUCCUCGUUCUGAGAGUUUAUCUCUUUCAGAUUCUUUUCUGUCUCCGUCUUCAAGUGAAAUAGGACUAAAUGGUGCUGCUGCAUCUGCUGCUGGCCUUUCUCGGUUGCGGGGCUCAGGGCCCAGUGAACAAGCUGGGGGCUCAGAGAGCACAGAAGAGAACUCAGAUGAAGAGGAGAUGCUAGAAAGUUGCGGGGUAACACCGCUGAGAGCUGGUGGCUCAAGAGAAGCUAUGCUGGCAGACGUAGACUAUGAGCCCGUGGAGGCCCACGGCUUCACCUCUGCGUGUUGCGGCCUCAAGGCCUCUGUCUCUACAUUCCGGCUUUCUCAUACAGUUAUGAAGCGGAGAGGUUCUGUUGCUGGGCACUCUCUGCAUGCAUCAUUUGAAUCAGCAGAAGCUGCAGUCAUGGCCCAGUCCCCAGACGCCAGCUCUAUCCCUUGCGCCACCACAGACUGCACGGUUCUAUCCGUCUUCGAUCUCAAUGUUGGAACCACCAAGUUGCCGCGGCAAACAGUGGACGUGUCUGUGGGUCGCGUGAACGUCGGCGUGUGCAGGCAGUUGGUGUCGCUGGCUGCAUGCAGGCGUUUCCUGGUGCCCACAUCUUAUCCUUACAGCGACUCUCUGCGUGACACGAAGCUGUUGUCUCUGAAGCUGGCCCAGGUUGCUUCUCUUCAGCGGAAAAGUAUGCAUGCAAAGCCCUUGAAGACACCCCAUCAGGAGCCCCAACCCUCGCAGCAGCAACAGCAGCGAGCUGCUCCAGGUGCUGAUGAGCAGGCGGGCAGCGCAGCUUGCCCAGAAGAAGUUUCAGUGUGGCCGGGGGGCGCCGAUGCAGCAGCAGCGGCACCGCCAGCAGCAGCAGGAGUCGAAUCAGAGAAUGCUGGUGACGAUGAGGGUGCAGCAGCACCAAGGAAUCCUGCAGCCAAGGAGCCGCGUGAGGUUGGAGGCCACAGCCAUCAGCCCACUGAAGAGAAACCCGUCGACGCCUUCCUGCCUGUACCCACCAGCGGGCCCUGGGCUGCAUGCGACGGGAGCCGUUUGGAUUGGUUUUUUAGCGACAAAGAAACAGCGCAGAAGUUCAUCAGUGAUGUUUCUCCCCUCAAGUUCACAGGGCCCGGGCAGGAGAACGGCGAGUCGUUUCAGCGGUGGCGUGUGUCGCGGCGUCUGCGGGCCAGCGGCAGAGAGGUGCCAUUUGACUUGUCUCAGAAAACAGCAGACAACAGAGCCUGCAACGAGCCCCCUGAAGGAACUGAUGCAGCAGCAGCAGCAGCAGCAGCAGCAGCAGCAGCAGAUGCAGAUCCAACCCAGAAGUCGUUGCAGGUGUCAGGAAAGGUGGGGUGUCUGUGUGUGGGGUUGUACACGCAGCAGCAGUAUCUGGCGGUGCUGCUGCGAGUGUAUGGAGCCCGUUUACACUUAAAAAAAAAACGGCGAGAUGUUGCUCUGAAGGCAAAAGUUGGUGAAUUCUUUGUGGAGCAUGCAAAGGCCAAAGAUGCUCAGAGACGCAGCAUCGUUCUCUGCAAGAAAGUUGUUCACAUAGGGGCGCAGUGUCGUCGUUUCUGUCCGUCCCCCGGCACCGUCGCUGCCUCUUCUCCUGUGCCACGCUCUGAGGACAGUGACCCCGCUGCCCUCAUCCGCGCCGAGAUGGACCAGUGGUCAGGCGACAGCCGACAGACCAGCAGAGAGGUUUCUCCACGGCUUCAGAGACGAGAGGCAUGCGGCCCGACGAGGCUGCCGUACCCAGAAGACGCCCCGGAGCAGAGACAGCGUAGCUCUGCCACGAGAGGCUCGCAUAGCAACCGGGGGAGAGAGAGAGAAAGAAGUAGCCGGAAUAGGAACAGUGCAGAUGGUGGCGGCCUGGGCCACUCAUACAGCCCCCCAGGCACGUCGUGCCCCUCUGACGACGGGCAGUCUCUGAGGCCGCCGAUGGAGCAGCUGAGACAGCCCCCAAAGACGAGGACAGAGCAGCAGCAGCAGCAGCAGCAGCAGCAGCAGCAGCAGCAGCAGCAGCAGCAGCAGACGAAGGGAGAGCAGAUGCAGGACACGAGAAGAGAUGGAGAGACAGCCACAACCAGCAACCCACUGCUGCGUAGACAGCCUAUCCACGCCGCCUUGCCGAUGCUUGACCCGGGUGUCUCUCCGCCUGCAGCAUCUGACCAAGACGAAGACUGCGGCACCCUGAGUGAUUUCUCCGAGAGACAAGUUAACAACACAUACGAGGAGACAAGAGGAGACGCGUCUCUGGCGUUUUCUUCUUCGGAGACAGAAGUGAGGGAGAAGCGAUCGCUGCCUCUUACCCGCCACAACAGCAUCCAUGGCCGCCCCCGUCACAGCCUGCUGCACGGCCACUCAGCUGGCUUAGACAGCGAGUUCAUCAGACACCUAGAGAGACAACCUAUGAAUGAGUUGGUGCGUCAAGCCCGGGCGCGUGCUGGGGGAGCAGCACUGCGCAUGCAUCACCACCACCGGGGCUUGCCGUGGCACUGGAAGAGCAGCGGGGCUGCUGACAACGGCCAGACAGAAGCCGUCAGCGUCAGCAACGCCUCGCAGGGCCGCCUGACAUCUCAGAGCUCCUUCACAGAGUCUGAGAGACACAAUGGGGGAUCGAUCUCAGCUGGAGACGAUCCCCCGUGGAUCUCUGAUGUUGUGGGGGACUGGACCCUGCGGGAUGAGCCGGAUGGAGAGGCCAGCAGCAGGACGGGGGGGGGGGGGGGGGGGGGGGGGGGGGCUUCACAGCCCUGUCGGCCACGACUGCUGCUUCGGUCUAACCUUCUCUGUUGUCUCACGGACUCUGCUCUCUGUCUUAAGAGUCUAUGGAACGAGGAAUCUAUCCGCUCCCGCUGCCUCAUCGCCUGCUUGCUGGGAGACGUACGAUCCCAGAAAGCAGCGCAGACAGCCGGGCUCAACUUGCAGGCAUCUGGAGAGCCUGAGGUGAAAGAGCCCCCCAGGCGGCGCUUCACACUCAGCAGGCGGCUGUCGCAGCAGCAGCACCACCACCACCACCACCACCAGCAGCAGCAGCACCGAGAAGACAAGUACAGCAGCAGAGGCACCGAUAGCGGCAGCGACACCAGCAGAUACAGCAGUGACUCUGUGCCUAUAGGGAGCCCAGUACGUGGGUUCACGAAGCUGCGUAAGCAGUCUAAGACAACCUUCAGCCGUCGUGGGGGCCCCGAGAGUUUCUAUGACGCAGACGAGGACUUUCUGGGGGGCCCCUCAUCAGCUGAGGGGCUGAGAAGAAACAGUAGGAGUGUGUCAGGGGGCAGAAGGCGCAAGCGGCAGCACAUGCAUGCGGCAAAAGACAAGAGCCAGAACACAGAGGGGACAACACGCGGGCGCAGCAACCACCCGGGAGCAGGCGUAGGCGGCAGCGGUGACGGCCCCUCUCUUGGCGCUGGCUUCGGAGUUGAUCUAGCUUCUGAGAGCACUGACAACUCCCAUCUGCAGCAGCAGCAGCAGCAGCAGCAACAGCAGCAGCAAGAGCAGCAACAGCAGCAGAAACACAGGCAGCAGGACCCUUCAGCUUCCUCCUCCGAUGCAGCCCUAGGGCAUGCAGGCGAGCGCCGAGGACCCCAAACCCAGCAGCAGCAACACAACCUGCUGACGGACGACGCAGCAGCUACCUUAGGCGCAGAAGACCUAGAGCUGGCGGAGACGGGGGGAGCAGCAGGGGCUGGGGGGGGAGGCGGCUGCGACGCCGAACCCUCCUCAGUGCCUCAUCCUACAUAUGUCUCCUCACAGGAGCAGCAGCAGGGGAAGCAGCAGUUCGUGCGGGGCCGACGGAGACAGGGCCAGACAGCAGCUAGCAGCACAGCAAGUCGUCGCAGCAGCAGCAGCUGCAACAGGGAGCUGAGCAGCACGGCAUCUACCGCCUCCACUGACGCUGGCGCAGGAGGAGGAGACGCUGGCCUCGCCUUUCCCCCCUACCCCAUGCUCUUCUCCCCAGAUGUAUGUGUACCCCAAGGAGCCGGGGCCCUGGGCGAGGGCCUGAUGGGGGACUCUGCGCUGCGGCGAGCGGUGGUGGCGGACGCGGCGGCUCUGGGUGUGAGGCUGGAGGCGGUUAUGCGUGUGACGUACACGAGCGUGCCCACAGGCAACAGCAGCAGCAGCAGCAGCAGCAGCAGCAGCAGCAACAGCAGAAGACGAGAGGAGCUGAAAGAUACAUUGAGAGUCGGCAUAUGGAGACUAGAAGCAACACUCGUCAGAAACUGCACGUGGACCCUGGCGAGUGCAGUGCUCUUCGAUGCAAACUUUGGCGCCGAGUGUCUCCGUUUGCUUCCUCCUAAGAGGAGACGCGGGGCAGCUGGGGGAGCCAGGGGCGGGGCGAGGACCAGUGGUCCAUGGCGAGCUGCUGCAGCAGCAGAGACAGAAGGGCCUUACUGGCGCUCAGCUCGCUUGAACGCUGUAGCAGAGAACGACGAGGAGGGAGACGGAGACACCCCGAGGGCUCUGCGUAGAGCUUUGUGGGGUGCUGAGGGCAGAGGAGACACCCGGGGAGGAGACAGCCACCACCGCAAGCCCCCAAAGUCUCAUACAUUAGGUCUAUGGGAGCAGCGAGGAGCUGCGGGGGGGCUGGGCCUGCAGGAGGGGUAUCUGAGUGCCGAUGGUUCUCUGCAGGAGAGAAGGUAUGAGAGAAAGAGUAGAGGGAGCGGGGCGUAUGAAGGUGUUCAUGGGGGGGCCAGCGGGGGAGCUGCAACGCCUCGGGGUAUUGGGAGAAGAAGAGACAGCUGCGGUGAUGGAGACGGCAUGCGGCGGCUUUUCUCUGUGAGUGUGCCGCGGAGACUCCCCAGCAGCGGCAGCUCCUCUCUCUUUCGUUGGGUCUUCGGCUCAAGAAACACACAAAACAGCGCGCUGCCGACAACGUCAAGCCCCGUGGGUAGCAGCCCCCAGGCGGGCUAUCACAUGCAUGCGGGGGGGGUGGAUCCCAGGGGCCCCACAGCUUACUCUGAGUUCGAUAGUUCUAUAGAUAGAAGAGACACUGCAGCACCAGCAGCAGCAGCAGCAGCAGCAACAGCAGCAGAGCCCAAGACCUAUGCAGACGGAGACAUGUACUUCUCAGGGUAUCAGCCAGAUGUAGGAAUGCCAAUGCGACCCAAACAGCAGCAGCAGCAGCAGCAGCAGCAGCAGCAUGCGGGCCCUUCUGCAGCAACUGCUGCUGGUGGGGCCUCACCCACACGCUGGGGGGGCAGCGCGGGGGGCUGGACACGCAACCUGCUGCGGACGCGGCGGAGCAUCUCUACUCUCAACAGCGGCGAGCCUGUGAGGCCCCCCUCUAGCCCUAGCCCCCCGAAGGGGAGAGAGGGCCCCCGGUACCCUUUCGAUGGAGACGGCAGCGGCCACGCAUCGGGGGCCCUUCAGUUCACUGACACCAGACACCUCAAUAGACGCAGCACGGGGAGAGCUGGGCUGAGACAAAACCACCAACAGGAUAACAGUCUGCAUGCGCUACGCAGCACACGCGCAUUCAGCGCUAUGCCCAGUGUCGGCAUGGGGGGCUUUGGGCGCAGCCAACGAUCCCCGCAGGAUCGCUUAGCUGAGCAGCUGGGGCGGGCGUCUGUAGAGCAGCGGCUGCGAGCUGCUGGGGACUGUGCAGCAGCACGAGGUUCUGCUGCAGCAGCAGCAGCAGGGAGAAGGGGCUGUGGGCGCCGCGCAGCAGAAGCAGCAGAGGGACAGAGGAGAGAAGAAGAAGAGAGAGAGCUGCUGACAUGCACAGCCAUUGAUCUCGAGAUUAAACGUGUUGCUGUAUGGAGCGCGGUGUAUCUACAGGACAGCAAAGCAGCAGCAAACCCAUGCAGAGCUGUUGCUGCAGCAGCAGCACUAGCACUUGAGAGAUCGAGGAGACACGGAGACACCCCACACAGAGACAGUGUUGCUGCUGGGCUAGCACCUGCUGCUGCUGCUGCAGCAGCAGCAGAUACAGAUGUAAGAGAAGGAGACAGCGUCGCCGGGGGCAGCUCGAGGAGCCACCCCCCCCCGGGUCACCGCAUGCAUGUCUCCAGGGGGCUGAGGAGACUGUCUCCGCGUGGGGCUCAGUGGCUGACGAUAGACGGAAUGAGGAGAGUGAGUGGGGCCUCAGGCGACACGGGGAGGGCCUCGCCGGCGUCUCCGGCUUCUCCGUCUUCUCCUGCAGCAGCAAAGGAGACAGAGAAAAACGAAAGCAAGCGCAGCAUCAGCAGCAGAGCAGCAGAAGAGAUGCAGCAGCUCACUGUGCUCCUGGGAGAGGUAUGGGCAGAGGACUGGCUCUCUGUCUCUCUCCCUUCUCCCCCCCCCUUCGGUGCAUACGUCAGGGCCCAGGCCGGGCGCGUGCUGCUGCUGCCGGUGCUGCUCCGCGCAGCGCCCAAGUCCGAGCGGGGGCUGCUGCAGCGGCGGCUCGAGGAGGCUCAGAGUACAGUGGAGUCAGAGACCAUCGCCAGCAAGAAAGACCGUGCUGCAGGUGAGAUACCGUGGGUUGUAUAG